AUGGUCUGUAGGAAGCUGGCCGAGCAUGUUUCCGACUCAAAAUAUCUGGAGGACGUGUGGUUCCGUAUUGAAGACACCGACGUCGAAGCGGCUAUACUCAACCUGGUGGAAGGCCGGCGAAGAUACAUCAAUCUCCGGUUCCACAGGGUUGACAUGUUGCCGUUCGACAUAGAAUUCUGGAGCCUGAUUGGCGUGAACCUUCGCAAGCUGUCCAUCGUCAUAUGGGAUUCAUUAAUAUCCUCGGACUUCUAUCGCAUUCUCCGGCAUUGCCAAGCGCUCGAAUCGCUGGAAGUCACGGCCGGAGGGGAACUGAAGAGCUGUCCGAAAAAUAUCGUCCUCAAGCCGUUGAAUUCCCUGCGACAUCUCUACCUGAGAUUAACCCUGUCGAGGGAAACCCUCGUAGACUUACUCAACUACAUGCCGAAUUUGGUCUACCUCGGGCUGGAAACGCUGGAACUCAACUACGCGAGCGAUGUUUAUCCGAGGCUACUACCCAUCUCAUUGGAUUCGGACUUCAAGUUCUCGAAAUUCAGCAUCCAGGUGGAAUAUCUCGACAAUGAAAGCACAAUCAGCUUCCUGAGGAAAUACUCAGGAAAUCUCCGUGAGCUCGUCUUGCGUAGAUGCGAUUCCCUUGGGCACGCUGCUUAUGAUGCGAUCGGCGAUUGUCGGAACCUACGGAGGCUCGAACUUAGUGAGCCGGACGGUCUCGACGAGGCUCAUCUGGAGAAGAUUUUCUUGAAUUCUCCAGGUCUGGAAACUUUCACCCUGCCGCUGUCGCCACUCUCAGAUGAUUUUCUAACUCGGGUGGCUUCGCUGCAGAGGGUUCGAAAGCUUGAAUUCCGGCCGGAUCACCAUAUGAGCCCGGCAUCGCUCAGAAUCCUGGCACGGAUGUCGAGUCUGCACAACCUAACCCUGCCCUUAUUCGAUGACACUCUCGAAUGUUACCAAAUCAUCGCCGGCAUGAAAAACCUCCGAAUGUUAAAGUUCCAGGAUUUUCAAGAUGGUCCGUCAUCGGAAUCCUUCGCAUCGCUGAUCGAAAACUUGACAGAACUCGAGGGAAUCAAGUUGAGUUGCGAAAACCUGACCGACGCAGAUGGAGUCAAGUUCCGUCACUUGAAGAAGCUGCGAAAACUCUGGAUUUGGUACGGUGUGGGAUUCACCGACCGUACUUUCGAGAGGGGUAUCGGGUCGGGAGGAUUGACGGAUCUCCUUCUCGUCGGGUGCCCCUUGACAGACGUCGGUCUGGCUGGCAUCACCACUCAUCAUAAUCGUCUCAUCUUACUCCACCUCAAAAGCUGCCACAAGGUGACGGAUGGGGGAGUGAUAUCCCUUAUCCGGAAACAGCCUCACCUUCGCGAACUGAGGCUCAGAUCCUGUGCUUUAUUGACCGACAGAGUCACAAGGGCUCUAGCUCAGGAAGAUUUGUGCCCUCGACUGAAUAAGCUGCUCUUCACUGGUCGCAACAUCCAAAAACGUGUCGGCCACUCAGAGACCACGACAACCAUUUACCGGGAACAGCCCGUAGUUUAUCAGCGGACCAUGAUCCGGAAUCCGGAGGACGCUUUCACGCAGACCAUCCAAACCAACUUCCAAUGCCCUAGAGGACGACCCGGAUACUACGCGGACGUCCAGAACGGCUGUCGAGUAUUCCACAUUUGUCACGAGUACACGAUGCCAAACGGGGAGCCUCAUUCCGUGAGAUAUUCGCAAUUCUGUCCGGCUGGUACAAUCUUCGACCAGCUGACACUGACAUGCAAUUUCGCCUGGGCCGCCGUUCCCUGUGGGUCCGCCAACCAAUUCUAUUACGUCAAUUCGAAUCUCUACCAGCCCGACGUCCAGUUCAUCUCGGAUGCUGACGUUCAGAGGGGACGAUCGCUCACAUCUGGUCAAUACCGUCAAGUCGAAUACGAACGGUAUAAUUCCCCCGUGAGAAGCGUUUCGUACCCGGCACCUUCACCGGCCGUGACCUACGUUCCCAGGACGACGUCUCGGACCUACGAUACCACUUCCCACUACACCAGACCCGCUGUCACGUACCGCACUCGAGAAAACAGCGGUCGAGUGCACUACGAUACGCACACCGUGUCGCGCGACGGAGGUCACGCCGACGUUCAUGUGGAACGUUCCUUCGUAGAGCCCCGAACUCAGAUCGUUCGUCCAGCUCCCGUGAACGAGAGGCUCGAAGUCGAAACACCUCGUCCAAGGAGAGUCAUCAUCAAUACUCCAUCUCACACUCAAGCGCACGUGCAUACCCACGCGCCCGAAACACCGAAAGUGUCGCUACAUCCCGCGCAGGUCUCGUUCUCGACGUAUGCCCCGCAUAUGGGUUUCCUGGGUUUCCUCCCGAUCGACCAACACUACAACGUAGCCACGAGGACCUAUCGUUACCAACAGCAGAACGGACCCAGCAGCUACCGGUCGUACGACAGCCGGCACCAGAACUCUAACGCUCAAACUUUCUCUCGAGUCGACACUGCCUCGGAGUUCGUACCACCCCGUUAUGUGAGCGAACACCACCGGUCCUACCAGCACAGUCACAACUCGAACGCGGCCCCGUAUCAGCGACCUCUGAUCCCAGCUUCGGAGUUUCCGGGUUUCCGCCAAAACGCUUAUAGGAGCUCCCUAGCUAUCCAACACAACGGGGCGCACGCCCGUGCCCACAAUCAUCAUCAAGCUAAUGAACACCACAGUCACCAUGGACAAACGCAUCACCACGCUACACCAGCUCCUACGCCUGCUCCUGUGCCAGCUGCUCCGUCGGUCCAUUCGCUCCCCGCUGUUCCCGUAGUUCCUGUGACGACCGAGCAACGUCCGGCGGGACGAUCCGUAGAAGUCGUCGAAGAAGUCGUCCUCGACAGAGCCCGACGACCCGUUACCAUCAAUCAGUACGACUCGCGUCACGACUUCGGCCGACGAAUUGUGAAACAUCAAACGGAAACGACGGACUUCAUCCAGGAACCCGUCGUUGUCCGGGGAGGACGCAGGAGUAAGACGUUGCUGUUCCCGGACGAAGUUCCUUACUUGAAACGGACGGCCCGUUCUCAUAAGGAGUUCGUUGAACCAGCGUUCAAAGGAGCUUCCGCCAUUCCAGGAAUAAUUCCCCAGGAGUAUCUCACAGUCUGA